CCGCAGAUUUGAGUGCAACGGUGUCGCACGUGAACGUGUUGCUAAAAAUCUCAAUAAAUUAGUGAAAUCAUCAUGACGGACGAGUUUUUCUAUGGUGUCACCCUUUCAUCAUCACAUCAGUCAGAGACAUGGGAUCCAGAGGCAAAAGCAGAAUACCCACGCAGCAACAAGCUCGUCAUUCGUCAAGCAUUGUUAGGUCCAGAUGCCAAACCAGAUGAAUUAAAUGUGAUACAGGUGGAAGCCAUGUCACUACAAGAAGCAGUAAAACUACCAGUCGCAGUAUUGAAAGUUGGUGAAUCAAGGCAUGUACGUCUGGACAUUGAAUUCCCAGAUGCGCCUGUUACAUUUACUCUUGUUCAGGGUUCGGGGCCAGUACACUUAAUUGGACACCAUCUCCUUGGUGCUCUGCUUGAAGAAUUUGAAGAUAUGGAGGAAAUGGAAGAAGAAAUGUUAGAUGAAGAAGAAGGAGAUGAUUCUCAGUUCAAGGAAGAUGAGAAUAAAAGAAAAGGAGCAGGGAAGCGCAAGCCGAAUGAGGAUGAAGAUAAUGAAGAAGGUGAACCCAAGGGCAAAAAAGCGAAAAUGUCGAAUAAUGCCAAAGGCAAAGCUGCAUCGCCCAAGAAGAAUGCCAAGAAAUGAACAAACCGCCUGGAGACCCAUUUUGGGCUAGUCGUACCGUCGCCAUUUUAGGUAUAAUUAUAUCUAAAUUGUGCAGGCGAGGGUGCGACCACCCAGCUAGUUAUAACUACUUAGUGUGGUAAUUCAGCAUAGGUUAGCAUUGUAUCGACUCGAGCAUGAUUGGAAGAGAGCCUACGUGUCCGUGAGCGCGAGUGAUAGUUCUACCGGUCAAGGUGUCUGCGAACUUAUUCAUUUUCUGUAGUUACCUAUGAUCGAGUGUGAUUUUUUCUUCACUUAUUUUAUAUUAUUUUUCUUUACUAAAUUUCCAUUCCUUACUGUGGUAUAGCGUUGUGGAUGUCAAAUUUAAGGUUAAAGUGAGUCCUAGUAUUCACACAGAUGUAUUUUUAAGUUAAGGCGUAUAUUAAGCAUCAUCAAGGUACUUUGUAAGACAGUCAUUUUGUAUCAAACUGCUGCUGGUCGACAUGUAAUUGAAUUUGCCGAACGAUUUCUCAUUUCAGAAUGAAAAACUAAUUAUAGUUUGUUUGUACAUAUACAUUAAAGCAUAAGAACGGUAACAAUAAAAUAAAACCAUUUCUAAACA